AUGGCUACUGUAAUGGUGUCCUCAAAGAGAAUAAAGACCAGGAAGCUGUUGCAAAUGGGCAUGGGCAUUCGGCGGCCAGAUAGAAGUCAAAACUCGCAUGGGCAUUCGGCGACCAGAUCCUCCGCGUGCGGAGGAACGUACGGAGGCACCUGGUGCCUCCGCAGUUUGCUGGUGCCUCCGCCAGAUCUCCGCGUGCGGAGGUUGCGGAGGUUUGGAACCUCCGUUAAUUUAAACAUGCAAAACAAAGUUCUGGAUGAAUACCAAAAGAAUGUCGGCGAUUCUUGGAAAACUGUGCAAGCUGAUAACACUGGAGAUGGUAUUGAUUUAAAUGAUGCUCUAACUAAAUUUCAGGACGGUAAGGGCAACAACUCAAGCGCAUCUCAAAACCUGGAAGAAAACCAAAGCCUUCUUGAUGGUAAGCGAUACAACUUGCUUCAGAAUUAUCCGGUGAUGAAAAUUCACAUUUGGGCUAAGUAUCCUGACUUAUUUGUCCUUUUGUUCAUUUUCUUUGAAGUGGAUAUUUCAUUUUUGUCGCUCAUGUCCAUGUUGUAA